GUCCGUCCGCUUUGCAGUGAGAGGAGACACAAUCCCCUUUCAUACGGAAUAAUGUGCUGCUAGAAUCAUUUCAAGCCAACAGUCCAUGCAACGUUAUUGUUCGCGGGUUCUCCGUUCUUAUCGUUGCUUUACCGAAAAAUAUGACUGGGAGCUUGAAAAAACACUUUUUGUGCAAGAACUGUGAUUAUAUUUGAUGUUCUCUAGUGUUUUGAGCUCCAACACGGAAACGUAGUGACUUAAGAAACCAAUCACGAGCUGGCCUGUCUGUUACCGGGGUGGGGCCGACCAAAGAGGGGUAUUUGUAUAUCUUUGAAAACAAAAAAGGAAUGGAACGAUUGUUACGGUUUGGCUUAAGUCGGGAUGAUGUAAUGUGCUAAAAAAAGGAAUGAUGAAAAGAAAAUGGCUAGAAAAAGUAAAGAAAAUUGAAGAACUGGCAUCGCAAUAUAAAAGGCACCCCCUGAGUUCACCUUAUAAGCCCAAACUUUCCAGGCCAUGGCAGCCAUCAUCGGUAUGGAAGCUGUUUCCUCGACUGGCUCUUGCUUUUAACUUUGCCAAAUCCUGCAAGGAGGAUGUGCAUGUUUUCGCGUUGGAGGCGAUAAUUGAAGAUACCGAGCGAAGGCUGUACCUGGUGACGGCGUACACGGAGUUUUGGUUUUAUUACGCGAAACUCCCGAAGAGUCUCGCGCACUGUUAUGAAGUCAUCCCUGCAGAUACGGUUUGCAAAUUAUACUUUGAUUUAGAGUUUCAUAAACCAUCAAACCCUGGGGCCCACGGGAGGACAAUGGUUGCGUUGGUGAUUGAGUUCUUUAUUAAAAAGCUUGAAGAAUAUUACGGUAUUAAGUGUUCUGCCGAAUGCGUUUUAAACCUGGAUUCUAGCACAGAAGAAAAAUUUAGCCGUCAUUUGAUAUUUGUUCUACCAAAUGCAGCCUUCAAAGAUAACAUACAUGUUGGUCAUUUCAUCAAAAGUGCUUUGCAACCUGUAUUCUCUUCUGCUGAACUGAAAUCCACCAAAGCAGAGCUGCUGAACGGAAGCAACAAUGCCCCGCCACUUCUAAAAGACCCCGUCAAAUUCCCUUCCCACAAGAGCCCUAUACGUGUGGACGAAUGCAACGUUAUUCAAGAAACAAAUGGAAAAGAGUAUGAUCUUUCCUCCUUGAUUGUGAACGAUAAACGUGGUGGGAAACAGCUGUUUAUUGAUCUAGGCGUGUACACAAAAAACAGAAAUUUCCGCCUGUAUAAAUCCUCUAAAUUGGGUAAGAAUGCCUUUUUUGAAGUUGCUGAAGAUAACACAUUUCCAAUGAAGCCGGGAAGGUAUAUCAGCACAGAGGAGUACGUUUUCUUCACAUCACUGGUUAGCAACAUAAGAUAUUCAAAUUCUUUAAAAAUUUUAACAUGUGCCAGCGCUGGUACUGUAAGGAGCUCGGGUGCGGGUCCUAGCGGUGGGAGUUCCAGCUUCUCAGGCGUUACUUUGAAAGGUUUUCAGUUUUCUCCAUACCCAGAAAUUGAUUAUUUUAUUCUUUCACUUGUCACAAGAGAUGGAUUUCAAGGAAGUAUACGGACCUGGAACUAUUUCUUUCUAGAAGAACUGCUUGUAUAUGAUAUUGUUAAUUACCGUUGGUGCGAAAACAUAGGACGGCCCCACAAAAGUAACAACAUAAUGCUUCUGGUGGAUUUGAAGAAGGAAGUUUGGUAUCAGAAGUGUCACGACCCAGUGUGCAGGGUACAAAACUUCAAAUCGGACUAUUAUCCUUUGCCUCUUGAAGUUUGCCUACCUUUUCUUUUUGAACAGGAAGAGGAAGAAAGUUUUUUCACCUUUGAUGAAGAUGGAAAUAUCAUGGAAACCAAGCUAAAAAUGCCCACCAACCAGAUAGCGCAGUCAGGACAGAUUGAUGGGUGCAGACCAGAAGAAAGCGAGACAUGUUGGCAAGACGGUGUAGAUGACGCUGCUCUCCUGGAAGCCACUGAAGACGCAGAGCUGGCAGAUGCUGUGAAUGUCAGCUCAUCAGACCGCGACUUUACGAACACAGAAAUACCAGAUGAGCUUUUGAUAGAAGCUUUGAAUGAACUUGACCCAUCUGUGAAGAAAUGAACCAGUCAAGCUCACCCGCAGUGCCUGUCGCAUCUGUCGUGACUACUUACCGCGGUGAAACACGAGUCAUGUCUUCCAUGAAGACUGAAAAUUCUAAAAUGUUUUAUUUUACUUUUUAAGUGGUGAUUACGUUUUAUGCAACUAGCUGAAAAAAACAAUCUAUGUAUUUACUAUAUAU